AUGAACCCAGCGCUUAACCCGGACACUCCUCCCCCGCCUCCCCCGAAACCCAGCAGCCACGAAGCCAGUCGAAGGGGCACCCCGUCGCAUCCAGGAACACCACAACAGUACCAGGAAGGACAUUAUGCACAGGACCGCUUGAAUAUGCAGGGACAGAGAUACUCUUCUUCUCCGGCGACAUUCAACCCCACUGCCUCGCUGAAUGCGCUACCUAAGCCGACGGUGGAGGAGGGUUGGUUGCCUGCUGGUGUGAAGGAGAAAGCGACUGUCGAUCUCCAGACUAUCCUCCAAGAUCCUAAUCUUAUCUCCGCCCUCUCCAGUAACCAUCCUUCGUAUACGGCGCAUCAGGAUAACCUACAAACUCUUCUGAAAUACAAUAAAGACCUUGCGAACCGUUUGCUGGAGCUGCAGUCUCAUGUCGGGGAACUACGCUCUUCUACCGAAACACUUCUUCUGACGCAUCAGUCGCUUGAGGUCUCCUGGCGGAAAAAGCAGUCUGAGAUGGAUGCUGCGCUGGCGCCGUGGUCGCCUAAGGCUUUGUAUCAGCGGCUGGCUGCUUCGAUUGCAGAGCAGGAGGCGGUCUGUCAGGCAGUCGAAGAGAGCUUUUUGGAGGAGGAACAUCAUGGACGGGCGACUGAGAAGGAGGUUGGUGAUUGGAUUAGACGGGUCAGAGCGGAAUCGGCCAAGUUGGCGGCUAGGAGAGAGGCCAAAGCUAGAUGGGAUGAGGGAAGGGUUGGUGGGUGGAGGUGA